CUAGUGUGCGACUAACAUUUGUUUUACCGUUAAACAUGACUUGGAACUAUAAAUACUUCACUGAAUAGACACUGAGGAAGGAAAGAUACAAACUGCAAAGUCACUGUGGUUAUCUCACACGUGACGCAGCACGUCAGUGCAACGGGUUUACAUAGAAGAAUGCAUGUUGAAUUUACUUGCUGAAGACGACUGCUGUAAAAUAAGAUGGCGUCACAAGCGAAGAAAGCCCCGGAGCCUUCCUUGACACCGUCCAAACAACGCCAGCCAGCAUUUAAUCCAGGACAGAUCGAUGUUGCACAAGAACUGGCGCCAUCCCGUAUUUCGCGUCAUGGUGACGGGGAAUGGUUGCAAGAUGAUUCAGAACGUGAGGGAACAGACAGUGACGCAACCAAACAUAGUGUUGGAGGUAAUGAUAAACACGAUAGAGCACAGGAAGACGCCGGACAGAAGGACUGCAAGAAGGCAGCACAGGAGGAGCAGGUGGACGAAUGCGGGGAAGUAUGUCCUCCAACACAGGCUGAUCAGCAGCAGAAUCAGUUGACGGGAAACGCGGGCGUGUCACCUAUGACUCACUCAGUACAUCGGGGAAUAGUGACGCAGCCAGUUCUUCGUGAUGGAAAUGAGCCAGGAUGUCUGUACAAUCAUGGUGAAGAUACCACUGAAGCUGGAGCACUAGCCAGCCCCUGUGACCACUAUACUGACAUAAAGGAAAUAAAACAAUUACUCACAGUCGUGCUAACUUCCCAAAACGUCCUUUUUGACGAAAUUCGCAUGUUGAAAGAUGCUCAAGGAAAGACUUCCGUGAUCAUUAACGAGGCGUUGUCGAGUCACCAGUCUGACUGCAGGUCGUAUACAGACGAUCAGGUGCGGUCUUUGGAUUGUCGGCUCCAUGGUCUGUCGGCGGUGUUGGACCACGUUCAGACGCGGUGCAUGGAGGCUGAGCUGGUACGUGAUACGUUCAGGGAGUCGGAAACGUUAUCUUCAUCUGACGCACAGGACGACGUUGCCGACGACAUUGUCAAAACAAAAGCAGGUGUACCAGACACAGUUCACCAAAAAGAAAAUAGAUCAUGGCUUCGCCAUAAUCAUUUGAUGUUAGUCAACAAUUUGGAUCUGAAAAAUGGACUAUUCAUCGACAGACUUGUUCAAGACGAUGUGUUGUUUCAGUCUGACGAAGAUACCAUUCGGUCCCACUCCACAAGAAAGUGCCAGGUCAGGGAGCUUGUGUCCAGAAUUAAACGAUGUGAUUCUGACCAGUUCAUGAAGUUCAAGAACCAUUUGAUAGCGGAAUACCCUCACUUGAAUUGUCGGCCGUCUACCGAGGACAAAGAGGAGACGAAGAUAAGAGAAAAGUGUGUUGUCUGUAACCUCACAGACAUCGUCGAUGUUCGUGACAUCGUGGAUCACUUGUACCAACAGAACUGCAUUGAUUCUUGUACAUACGAAACAAUAUGGAGAAAUGACAUUUCUGAAGUGGGAUGGUGUCGUCUGCUUAAAGGGAUGGCGGGAAAUGAUUCCAAAUGUACUGACGCUAUGGUGGCAGCUUUGUCCAGGAAGUAUCCCAAACUCUCUCAGGACGUAGCGUGUGCAGAGGGAGACGUGUUGACAUGCUGCUGUAACAAGAAGAAACAUUAGACAUUCAAAUCAACGAAGAUAUGGACGUCAUAUGUUGAAGCCGAUUUUGUACCUCAUUCUUAAUAUCGGAAAAUAUUCUUGAAAUAUGACAAUGUUUUGACAAUGAAGCAUUUUAUACACUCAAA